UGUCCAUGGGGUGCCAGGCUCUGCCUGCGUCACUGCUGUGCGACGCACAUGUCGAGGUGAAAGUGCAAGCUGCCAUUUUUUCGAAGGAAUCUUGAAUCCUAUUCCUGAUUAGACAAGCAAAGACAAACUGUGAGUCUCACCGUCACUGUUUAGCAGUUUAGUUUAAUCUGUUUGCGUACUAAAGACAUACUCUGCACGAAUAUUACAGAAGCUCGGUUUAUUUUAACCCGGGUUAAAGCGCACAGGCUUAGCCCAGGGCUGCACUGGGCUGCUUAGCUCGGCUAGCUAACGUUAGCUGUGGCUGUAAACAAACACUACAGACAGCGAGGAAACAGCAGCUGAUAAACGAGCUCGCACUUUUCAGGUUUGUUCAGUAGAUGUGUUCGAUAAUUCCGUUAGAGAACGAGCUAACGUAACGUUAAGACGUAACGUUAGGUGGAGCGGGCGGCAGGAGGCAGUUUGAUGCUGCAUGUCUGCAGGUUAGCGACACAACUUCAGUUUUGAUGACAUUGCGAGUUUCUCCAAACUAGGUCGGAGCUCAGUUUCUUUAGAACGGGUCGGGGUCAGUCGGGUCACGGGGAAACACACACUUACACCGGCAUGUCGUCCUUCUCCGAGUCGGCCCUGGAGAAGAAGCUGACGGAGCUGAGCAGCUCGCAGCAGAGUGUCCAGACUCUCUCUCUGUGGAUCAUCCACCACCGCAAACACUCGGGCCUCAUCGUCAAAGUGUGGCACAGAGAGCUGAAAAAAGCUAAAAGCUCCAGGAAGCUGACAUUCCUGUAUCUGGCCAAUGAUGUCAUCCAGAACAGCAAGAAGAAAGGACCCGAGUUUACCAAAGACUUUGAGACUGUCCUCGUCGAUGCCUGCUCCCAUGUUGCCAGUGAAGCAGAUGAGGGCUGUAAAAAGCACAUGGAGAGACUGCUGAACAUCUGGAAAGAGAGAGCCCUCUACAGAGGAGACUUCAUUCAGCAGCUCAAACUAGCCAUAGAAGACUCUAACAGCCCCAGGCCUUCAGAAGAGAAGAAGGCUGUGAAACGCAGCUAUCAGAAGAUCCAGGAAGAAGAAGAUGAUGAAGAUGACGACUACAGAAACCACGCCUCCCCUCACAACUCGGACAUCUCUGCAACUCAACUGACAGAGGAGCUGGUGAAGGCCCUACAGGACUUGGAGAAUGCUGCAUCAGGCGACGCAGCAGUUCGUCAGAAGAUUGCCUCGCUGCCGCAGGAAGUCCAGGACGUUUCCCUGCUGGAGAAAAUCAGUGACAAGGAGGCGGCAGACAAGCUGUCGAAGACGGUGGAUGAAGCGUGUUUGCUGCUUGCGGAGUACAACGGCCGACUGGCUGCAGAGCUGGAGGAUCGCAGGCAGCUGGCCCGCAUGCUGACUGAAUACAUCGGCAGCCAGAAGGAGGCGCUCAUGGAGAGAGAGAAGAAACUAGAGGAAUAUAAGCAGAAACUGGCGAGGGUGACCCAAGUUAGGAAAGAGUUAAAGUCCCACAUCCAGAGUCUCCCUGACCUCUCUCUCCUGCCCAACGUGACCGGGGGUCUGGCCCCGCUCCCGUCAGCCGGAGACCUCUUCUCUACCGACUGAGAGGUCUUUGCCCAGACAACCUAGCCCGAUGCCCCUCUCCAACCAAACCCAGCCCCAUGUUUGAUUAACAGAAAACUUCCAGCUUUGUCACCAGCCCGAGGACACGUGGUCAAACCUCUCCCGGCAGCAAGCUCACCUGCUAACUCCAAACCUGCAGGACAAGAGGGAGGAAGGGACAUUUAAAGCAAGGUUUGGUGAAAUCAAAAUGCUUUGCAGAGGAGAACGGAGACUCUGUCAGCCUGGAUUUUUCCAGCACUUGCUCGAUCGACAAGGAUUCCACUCCACCAGCUUGGAACGACUUUGUUUCCCAUUUGUUUUUAUUAUUUUUUUAAUGCUGGAAAUGUCAGUGAUCUAAGAAGAGGGGCGGGGUAAAGAAGCAAAACUUAGACAGACAUGAAUGUUUGCUGUCAGGACGUGUCUUUCUGUGUGGUAUAUUGUGGAUUCAGUAAGCAAAGGUGGGCCGUUUGCUCUCACAGUUCUCAGAGAUCGUGACUACACUGUGAAGAGGAUUUACCAUUCAUUAGUUUUAUUUUUAGCUUUUCAGUUGGUGGCUUUUUGUUGACCCAUUAGGUGGUUUUGAUGUGUUUGUAAAAUUAGAGAAGAUAUCAGAUUAGGUUCAGUGUAUGUUGCUUUUUGGUUGCUUCAUGAAACAACAUUGUCAACAGCUGCUAGUCAGCACUCACAUUUCAGUAACACUUCAUAGAGAUGGUGAUUAAAUUUUGUCCUCAUAGUUAAAAUCAAAAGACAUGAUCUGGAGUUUGUGUCCCCAUUUGCAAGUGUUUUUCUCAUUUACAGACUAAAACUUUGCAAUUCAAAUUUCCCGUUUGUUUUCACACAUUCUUUUGAACAGAUGCUUGUUAUAUGAUAAUUAUGUAAUAAGUGUGUACUAGACAAGGUUCGAGUUUUACAAAUAAAUCCUGGAAGUUUGAGGAAACAAUUCAAAACAAUGUUUGCUUUCCAACAAACUACCUGGUCUUUAAUUGUAUAAAACCUUAACACUCACUAUAUCUUCUAAAGCCGCUUACACAUGAUCCGCGGUAGAAUUGUGAGGUAGGGCGCAGAGCGGCAAAGCGCAGCGCAGGUAUACGUCUUCAUUGCGUCUGGAAUUGGUUGUGCCAUAAAAGGUCAGCGGCAACAAGGUCAAAGUUGAAAUAAUUUGAACAGUGAUUUGAGCACUCGGCGACGCCAAGGGUAGCGCUCCGCCUAGUUGGGUGGCACCACUCUCCCCAUAGGAAAACAAUGGAACGCCCAGCGCAGAGCGGUUUUGCUGAACAUGCGUAGGCAGCUUUAGAGGGCAAAAAGGUAAGAAAUUUAAAAACUAAAGUAUAUUAAAGAUCAUUACGUUUUUUUUUUUUUUUAUUAAGUGUGUGUUGUGCUGGACAAUAUGGAAAAAAGAAAUAUCUAGAUAAGUUGACCAGAUGAAGACCUUUUAUAAAUCACAACGCGUUUUGGUAUAAAAACAAACAUGGGAAGUAACGUGAAAUGGACUGACAUCAUUUCCAGCUAUUCAGGUAUUAAAGAAAUUUGUGUUUAGUGAUUCACAAUAUUAACUUCCUACAAUAUUAAAAUUAUGAAUAAUUUAUACAUAUUACUCAGUCCGACCUCUGUGUAGAUGUUUAGUGAUGAUUUUUUU